UAUUGUUACAUCUAAGAUCGUUGUUUUCUAUUGUUGUUCUAUCCUUGAUGUUGUGGUUGAGGUUGAACAUGGCCUAAUGGUCGUCCCUUCUUUAGCCAGUUAUCCUAGUUUAUGUUGUAGGUUACAGGGCUGAUUGUCGCAACUGCUUUUCUUGUUGUGUAAUUUUAAGCUAGUACUUACUAACCUGUCCAUCUUAUAAUGCUAAUAAUCUUCAUAAUGUUGAAACCCAUUUUGUAUGCAUUAUGGUAUCUUGACUAUAUAUUGAUGGCUGGUUUCCCUUUUACAGGGGGGUGGUUUAUGGAUUCAUCCGAGAUUGGAGAAAGCAUAUAUGGUUCACAUUUCCCAAAUGAGCCAGCUAUGUUUAAGCAUGAUAGAAAAGGUCUUUUGUCCAUAUCAAUUGCUGAUCGUUAUGGUAUUGGUUCUCAUUUUGCAAUAACAUUGAAACCCGAUGACUAUCUUGACAGGUUCAAUGUGGUUUUUGGGCAGCUUGUUGAUGGAUUUGAUACUGAGAAAGAUUGAAGAGUUG